AAUGUCCAAUAUCCCCUAAACGCGCCUGGUGCGCAAACUUGGACGCCGACUGAAAAUAAUGUUUUUUCCCCUUGGAAGCGAACUUACCACCGAAAAAGAAGUUAAGAAACCGAGUCAGGGUUUUUCCACGUGUUUAGAUUAGUCUGAAAUACUUUUUUUUUUCUUUCUGUCUUAGUGCUGGAGUCUUAAUGGCCAGCUUUGACUGGGAGCUUUGAUCCAGUCAGUGACAGCCUGCAAACAGCAGGGAGAGCUGCUGCGAGCGCAUCCCGUUUGUUAUGAGCGCCUCCGAGCUGUGAGAGAAUAAUCUGGGAACUCAUUCUGUGCUGGAACACUUUUAACGCAGCGGGUGGCAAAUCAUAGCCAGAAAAGCCAUGGAGGGCUCACAGGACCUCAGCGAACAGAUGGUGAAGAAAUCACACAGUGAAUCUCAUGUUCCAGACCCUUCAGACACCAGGUCUAUGGAAAUGCAGGACCUAGCCAGUCCUCAUAACCGCGUGGGAACCGGAGACUCAACAGGCUCCAAACUGGACAAGAACAACCUUGGCAGUCCGUCUAUCACCACUAAUGGAACAGGAGGUGAAAGCAUGACCAUUCUAAACACGGCUGAUUGGCUGCUGGGCUGCAGCAGCCCGCCCCCUGCCUCGGGUUCCAAGGACUAUGUAAAAACAGAGCCUUUAAACAGCAGUGAUACGGUCACCACCACAGGCGACACGGCAUUGGACACGUAUGCCAGCUCAGUAAUAACCAGCAGCGGAUACAGCCCCCGUUCAGCUCAUCAGUACUCUCCUUCCCUCUACCCGUCAAAGCCCUAUCCUCACAUCCUCUCCACACCACCAGGUCCUGCUAUGCCAACAUACGCUGGCCAGCCUCAGUUCAGCAGCAUGCAGCAGUCCACUGUUUAUACUGCUUACUCACAGACAGGACAGGCCUAUGGACUUUCCACCUAUGAUCUGGGUGUGAUGCUUCCUGGGAUAAAGACGGAGAGCAGCCUCACCCAGAGUCAGUCUCCACUGCAGACUGGCCUCAGCUACAGCCCAGGCUUCACCACACCUCAGCCCGGACAGACUGCCUACUCACCCUAUCAGAUGCCAGGGUCCAGUUUCACUCCUUCCUCAGGCCUCUAUGCCACCAACAACUCUGUAUCCAACCCUGCCAACUACACUGCCACACAGCAGGAUUAUCCCUCAUAUACGACGUUUGGCCAAAACCAGUAUGCGCAGUAUUAUUCUCCCUCCACUUACGGAUCGUAUAUGACCUCCAACAGCGUGGAUGGCACGGGUUCCUCGGCAGCCUACCAGCUGCAAGAUCCUGCUCCUGCCAUGACAGGACAGGCUGCUGAGAUUCACCCAGGGGACUUUGAUACAGUGCAGAGCCCCUCCACACCUAUCAAAGAGCUGGACGACAGAGCCUGUCGGAGUGGGGGGUCCAAGUCUCGCGGCAGGGGCCGCAAAAACAACCCUUCUCCUCCCCCUGACAGUGACCUAGAGAGAGUGUUUGUGUGGGAUCUAGAUGAGACGAUCAUUGUCUUCCAUUCUCUGCUCACAGGAUCCUAUGCACAGAAAUAUGGCAAGGACCCUCCAAUGGCAGUAACACUGGGCCUGAGGAUGGAAGAGAUGAUCUUCAACUUGGCUGACACACACUUAUUCUUUAAUGACCUGGAGGAAUGUGAUCAGGUACAUAUUGAUGAUGUGUCAUCAGAUGACAACGGCCAAGACUUAAGUACUUACAGUUUUGCAACUGAUGGCUUCCAUGCAGCUGCAACCAGCGCCAACCUGUGCCUGGCUACGGGGGUCCGUGGUGGGGUCGACUGGAUGAGGAAGCUGGCCUUCCGCUACCGACGGGUCAAAGAGUUGUAUAGCACAUACAAAAACAAUGUAGGGGGUCUGCUUGGCCCUGCUAAAAGAGAUGCCUGGUUGCAGCUCAGAGCAGAAGUUGAGGCUCUGACUGAUUCCUGGCUCACCCACGCACUCAAGUCGUUGUCCAUCAUCAGCUCAAGGAAUAACUGUGUAAAUGUGUUGGUAACAACAACACAGCUCAUACCGGCGCUGGCUAAAGUUCUUCUGUAUAGUCUUGGAUCUGUUUUCCCCAUUGAAAACAUUUACAGUGCAACAAAAAUAGGAAAAGAGAGUUGCUUUGAGCGCAUAAUGCAAAGGUUUGGCAGGAAAGUAGUGUAUGUUGUUAUUGGGGACGGUGUAGAAGAGGAACAGGCAGCCAAAAAGGUAACGGACCCACAACCUUACUGUGACAUCCCUCCAAUCCGCCCAAGUCUGCACAGCGUGAGCUCUGAGUGGACAACAACUGCCUUUCUUUGCUGCAGCAGUUUUUGUGUUGGUCUUUGACUUUCUCUGGACUACUGGCUUCUUUUUUUUACAGUGUGCUGGGAUAACUUCGCUGCAACCAUUACAAUGAAUACUGAAGAAUAAAGCUUGAAUAAUUGAGUAUGCUUUGGCAAUUCAAUCUAAAACAUUUUGGCAAGGGAACAGAAUUUAUAUAUCAGGUUACAAAAGUUUAGACUUUUAAAAACUUGAGGGUGAGAUUUUCUCUUGCUCUGUGUACUUAGGCUAAAAUGGCAGAAGGGUUUUAGCUUUUCCUUGAUUACUAGAUUGAAAAAUGUUCUAUGCAAAACACAGUCAUACUGUAAAAGCUAGAUAUCUUUCAUUUAGACCUAAUUUCAAUUUUAAAACUACAGUUGGAAAGCCACGACAAGAUUGUAAGUCAGAUCUUUCAAGCUCAAAAAAACAAGCACACCACAGUGUGAUUUACCAAGGAGUAUAUUUCAUCAAAGUGAAAGAAAACUAUUAGCUGUUAAUAAAAUUGAUUUCGUCAUUAUGUUCCCGUUGUGUUUGAAGGAAAUAAGUGAUAGUGCCAUGUGUUGAUGACAGGAGUUAGCAAUAAAAUAUUAGCAGAACUCACAGAUUUUCCAUCUUAAAAUUAAAACAGUCAAAUUCAGUAUUUAGUUAUUACCUGGUGUGAGGUGAAUUUAAUACGAUGGAAUAAAUCAAAAUCAGCUUCUCUGUUUUUCUCAGCAGAGUGGGAUCUAUUUGACACAAUUAGUUAUCAAGUAUUUUGAAAUAACUGUUUAGGACUGGGAAUAAAAUUUUCUACUGAAUCAGUAGAAAUUAAUGUUCAUUCUUUUAAAUUUAGCCAUUUAUAUCAUGCUUGUAGUGUGAAACUGGUAUUUUAAUGUUUUUUUAAAGGUUAUGCGCACUACAGAUGUCUUUUUUUUUUUUUAAACCAGCAUCUGGAGCAUGUUUCUGCUCAGUUUAAGUGACAGCCUGCCAAAGUGUACUCAACAGCCAAGCUUUGAAUGUGUUUAGAGCUAUAUGCUGCUUUUGAUCCGGUGAUGUCACGCCUUUUUCUAAUUUCUGCUACAGUUGAAUACAAAAGGGAAAAGUUUUUCUUUACCAUAGUUGGACAGAGAAUUUCGUUCUGAAUACUUUCCAGUUUGGGGUUUUAUUUUUGAUGCUUGGAAUUGGGAUUUUUGUUUUUAAGAUGGGGAAAUGUUCUUGUCACUUUCUUUUUUGUGAGCUAGAAAAAAAUAAAAAUAAACGUCCAAGUUUCUGUGUGCUGGCACAAAUAACAGGUAGCUAGUUUUGCCGUUUUCCACAUGAAAUAGCAAUUUGAAGAUUUUAAAAACAUUCUGAGAAUGUCGAAAAUACAAACCAGCUGAUCACCUAAAGUUGUGUGCAGGAAAGAUUUACUUACAACUUAAUUGCUUCAGGUUGGAAAAAAUUAAUCUGAGCAUACUUUCAUGUAGAGCUAUGCAUAUAGAUUUAUUAAAUACCAUUAAAAAAAACACUUUUUGGUUGAUUUCACUGAACCUGAGAACAGAGCUUAGUAUGAUUUGUCAUUACCAAUACAAGACAUUUAUAUAAAGUUGUAAAUUGACGUUUUAUUAGCAAAUA